UCUGUCUUGACUCUGGUCACUUGUUGAGUGCAGCGAUCACACAGGAAACCACGCAGUUUUUAUCUCAUUUUGCCAAGGAUCCUUGAGUCCCCAGUGAGGGACAUUUUAUUCUAUGAGAGUUUUUACCUGCAAUAUUUUCAUUCAGCAGAGUUUUUAUUUUUUCCUUUAGUCUUUUAUAUUUCCCAGGAACGCCCAGUCAGAUUAAACUACAUCGAUCCUGACUGAAAACCCACAGAGCGCACACAUCACAAGUGGUUAUCAUGUCUGGCGAAGAGGCUCCAACUCAGCAGCAGCAACCUGAGCAGGAGAAGCAGUCGGAUGAACCUCCACCGGCUGCUUCGGGUGCACCGCCCGAGGAGUCGAGGAGCAGCCCCGCAGCCGAGGAGAAGCCUCUCUCCUCCCGCGCCCUGGUCCUGACCGGGCAUGGGGGCUACGACAAAGUCAAGCUGCAGGUGAAGACGCAGAGCAAGCAGCUGAAGGCGGGAGAGGUCCUGGUGCGCGUCAAGGCGUGCGGGCUCAACUUCGCCGAGCUGGUGGCCAGGCAGGGGCUGUACGAGAUGCUGCCCCCACCGCCAGUCACGAUGGGAAUGGAGGGCUCCGGGGUCAUUGAGGCGGUCGGGGAGGAUGUGAAGGACAGGAAAGUGGGAGAUCGUGUCAUCGUGUUGAGCCGCAGUGGCGUGUGGCAGGAACUGGUUGUCGUGCCCGCUGACCGCGCCUUCCCCAUGCCCGAGCAGAUGAGCUUUGAGGAAGGCGCCGCUAUUCCCAUUAACUACCUGACCGCCUACCUGAUGCUGUUUGAGAUGGCCAACCUGAGGCCAGACAAGAGUGUUCUUAUACACAUGGCUGCAGGUGGUGUGGGUAUCGCUGUUACCCAGCUGUGUCAGACGGUGCAGAAUGUGACGGUUUUUGGCACAGCAUCAGCCUCCAAACAUGAGACCAUCGCCCAAGGCGGCGUAACUCACCCCAUCGACUAUCGCACCAAAGACUACGUGGAGGAAAUCCGCAAAAUCAGCCCAAAGGGUGUGGACAUUGUCCUUGACCCACUUGGUGGCUCAGACACCCAGAAAGGCUUUAAUUUGUUGAAACCAUUGGGAACACUUGUAGUCUUUGGUGCAGCCAAUUGUGUGACGGGCCAGAAGAAGAACCUGUUGGCCAUGGCAAAGACCUGGUACAACCAGCUCUCUCUCAACACCUUGAAACUGAUGCAGGCCAACAAGGCUGUCUGUGGCUUCCACCUGGGCCUCAUACCUGACGAGGAGCUCAUCAGCAGGACUAUGUUCAAGCUGCUGGAGCUCUACGAGGAGGGAAAGAUCAAGCCCCGCAUUGACUCGUCCUAUCACUUUGAGGAGGUAACCGAGGCCAUGAAGCGCAUGCACGAACGCCACAAUAUUGGGAAAAUCAUCCUUCUUCCUGAACCCAAGAAGGAGGAAGAGAAGCCAAAGUCCAACGCUGAGCCGGGAGAAAAUGCGGAAAAAACUGAGGAUGCCGUCGGCGAGCAGAAAGAGGAGGCCACAGAGGAAGUUAAAGCAGAGAAGGAUUGACAUAAAGUGAUGGAUUAUUAAGCUGCCAUUUUUAACAGUCUACAGUGGAGGAGUUUGGGCUCAGGAAUUCAAAUGUUUUGUCCAGCUGUGGGUGCAAUUCAAUGCUGUGACACAGGAGACGCAACUGAAGCACAAGGAAAGAGCCCCCCCCCCCCCCCCCCCCCCCAUCCACAGCAGACCAGCUCCUCACAUUCCUCUCUCCACCCUCUCACUCCUGCUUUCUGUAUCUCUCUAACCUCUCUCCCUCUCCAGUGUGCUUUGUUUUUAUUUCUUAAGAGUACUUGCAACAAAGUUUCACAUGUAAUACUUUAUGUUAUUUACAUUUGUGACUUUUUUUUUGGCUACUUGGAUAACUUUUGUUAAGUUUGGCCAAGUUUCCUUCUCGUAGUAUGAUGUAAGACCUGAUAUGGAGUUCGAGUGGGAGCUGGAGUUGGAUUGUCAUUCUGUUAAGUUCAUCUACUCACAAAACUCCCAAUUUGAGUUUGUGUGCAGGUUUUUAUCCUUUCAGGCUUUGUUUUAGAGGAUUGCUUUACUUAUUCAUGAACCCACAAGCCUGGAUGUUUGCCUGCAUGACAGAUGGAAAUGUUACCAACCCAGACUCACACUUUAACCACUGAAUUAGACAAGUUGAACUAAUGAGCACAUUUGGUGUUUUCUACAUGACAGCAGGGCAGAUUAUUCUCCAGAUUUUGGACAAAGGCAAAGUGAAGCCUGCUAAUUCCUCUUAAAAUAAUAAGUUAUAUGUGGAAUGUCUGAUUGCAGUCAAAUAUAAACAGACAGGGAAUAUUGCAGCUACGUUUUGCUUUUGUGCCAAAAUGUAACCUUCAAAAUCCAAAAUCUGAAACGUGAGAAAAGUGUCAUGUUUCCCAUUUAAAAGAAAAAAAAAACACAUAACAUGCUGUAACUGAUAUACUAUAUGUAUGAGUAUUCACUCAUGCAGUGAGGGACAUCUAGUGGUCAAAUAAAAAUUGUGCCUUUACACAAGUAAUUAAAAUAUCCUGCACAACGUUGCCCAUAAACAGAAUGUACUGUAGGCUGCCUUGUCAAAUGUCACACAUCAUGAAAUGAACUGGUUUCCAUCCAGUUCAGCUAAUUAGAAUUAAUCCUCCUCAGUUUAGACAAAUUAUACAGUUUAUAUAUCAAAAUAACAUUUGUUUAACAAAAGCCUUAAAGAGUCUAAAUCUUUUGCUUUUUAAAUGCCCAUUCAAGUAUACAGACACACUUUAAUUUUCAAUUAACUCAAUUAUUUUACUUUUAUUUUAGCCUCUACUAAAAGUAACCAUGUUGUUACACAAACCCGAAGCUGUGUUUGACAUGUUACUGCUUUCAUGAUAGAACAAUGCUGCCUUUUUUUUAUUUUUAUACACACUUUAUGCACAUUUGCAUAGGCCGUCUGUGUUUAUAUGGCACCAACCUGUCUAUAUUAUUAAAGUGUUAUCACAUAUCUUCAUCUAA